AUCGUACCUUAGUACCUGGACUCCAAAGUUUCCUAUUGUUGAUCCUCAGCACUGCUCAAUACUCAAUCAAGCUGCUUCUUGCUUCGAUUCAUCCGACCGUCAUGGCAUGAACACCUGGCUUACGCUCCUUUUAUUGGCUCCCAACCUGUCCGCUUUACCGGUCGGCCACUGUAGGCUUGGUGUGGACGCAACAAUGUCUUCCCUGACACAUGUCCUCCCAUCCUCACAAUCCGAAGCUCCCGUCCAAACCACGUCCUCAGCACGCCUUCUCAAGCCGACGACCCUCCCUAUCCCCUUGCUCUCAUCCCCCGUGGCAAAGCGGUACAGCUAUGCCCACACCGUCCUCGUCCCUGUCUACUACUACCUUCGAUCGUCAGCGCUGGUCGCCGACCCUCUCCCGACCAUGGUCACAGACCUGCUGGUAAUUGGCACCGCUCAAGCACUUUUCUGCUCGGUCUGCCUACCUAGCGCAGGAUCGUGGGUCAGUGGGACGACGGGUGGGAAGAUAGUCGAGGGCACGGCUGCGGUGAAAAGUCCAAGAACAACAAAAAGCCCGACUGGGACAGGGAGCAUGAGGAAGAAAUUCGGCCCGAACAAAAUGGGAGACGGAGCUGGAGGAAGUUGGGUUUCCAGAGUCAUGCCGGCGCUCUUCUCCCUGAUUCUCACGCUAACCCUUCCGCCGCUCCCCCUUACACUCAUGGCACUCGUCCUCGGCGCGCCGCUGUAUCCUACCUCGCUCCUCCCGCACACACUGCUGUUGGCGCUGCACGUCUCGCUCCUCGGUUUCCUUCCCAUCUUCUACACGCACGGUGUAUCGAGCUCCGCAUGGCGCGACGUGGCUGCGGCAUGGCUCCCAUUCGAGGAGUCGGGCGUCUGGGGUGGGACUGUAGGUGCCAUGGUUGGCGGGUGGAUUGGCGCGGUACCGAUGGCCCUGGAUUGGGAUCGUGAAUGGCAGAAGUGGCCGUGCACCGUCGUCUGGGGAGUCGUGCUGGGGUGGACGGUUGGGCGGGUGCUCACAGGGAUGCUCAGGAUGGGUGUGGGGAGGAGGAUCAAUUUGAGUGAAAGAGAAGAGACGGACGGGAUGGUGACGGAGCAGUUGACACACUGCGAGAAGAAGAGUGACUGAGAAACCACAGCGUUAGGCGUUUUGAAGACCUAUACUGUUUGACCGCGGGUGCCUGUCUCAGUGCAAUGGGACACUAUAGAUGAAAGUAUUUACGAGUCCUUGCAAGGAGUGUGUUCAGAUCUCCCGCCACCCUGGGACGGUGCGAAUAUGGACUUUCACUCGGGAGAGAUUGAAUGGCCCACUGAUGGCAUUGCGGUAUGUGUAUCUGGACCGCAGAGUCGUUCGGCCACCACCAAGCCAGGACAUACCUGUCGAGAGGACCGAAGACAAUCGACUCAUUGAAGAAGUGAGAGGAUAAAAGAAGAGAAGAGAAGAGCAAGAUGCAUGACACUUUUGCUUUUCUUUUUCUUUCCCCUGGGAAAAGGAAAGGAAAGGACUAGUUCCUCUGCUAGGGUCCGCAUGCAAGGAGCAAGGAGAAAGACCAAGCGAGAAGAUCAAGACAGCUUGGAUAUAUAUAUAUAUAUAUAUAUAUGUCACAAACGACAAGGGACUACGGAAUAUGACUACGACUACGACUACCGAUGCAACUGCACCUGGAACUGGAACUGCCCGAGUAGGCGGCGUGGGCAUUGAAGAAUGGCGUCGAUGGAGUGAUAUAUCGGCGGAGCCUGCGUCGGUAACUCCGCACUCAUCCAUUCCCCCUUACCAUGACUCGGGCUGUGAUCGUGGUCUGGCCGAUUGUUUUUGGGGCAAGACAGCACAAUGUCAGAGGGGACACCGUGGACACUACACCGGCUUGAUAAGUCUCUUGGUUUUCCGCCAGAUGUCCAGAUACCUUAGGGGAGGCUUACCUUAGGCAUGCACGGAGUACAGUAUAACCGCGAUAGGAGGCAUAGCCAUCUAUAUUGACCGAAUGGAAGUCGACUUAUUACUAGUACCGUAGAUCUUCGUACUGGGGGAACACAGUCACAGUGCAACUAUAUCUUUC